UACCUAAAUCGGCACAAUGUUUUAUCAUAUUUCAUUGGAACAUGAAAUUCUGCUACAUCCACGUUACUUCGGACCGCAACUCUUGGAAACUGUUAAACAGAAACUGUACACAGAAGUUGAGGGUACAUGUACAGGCAAAUAUGGUUUUGUUAUAGCUGUAACAACAAUUGAUCAAAUCGGAUCGGGUGUAAUUUUGCCCGGUCAGGGUUUUGUUGUUUAUCCGGUCAAAUACAAAGCUAUUGUUUUCCGGCCAUUUAAGGGUGAGGUGCUCGAUGCUGUUGUUAAACAAAUUAAUAAGGUGGGCAUGUUUGCCGAAAUUGGUCCAUUGUCAUGCUUUAUUUCCCAUCACUCCAUUCCUGCCGAUAUGCAAUUUUGUCCCAAUGGUAAUCCACCUUGUUACAAAUCAAAGGAUGAAGAUGUUGUAAUAUCAGGUGAAGAUAAAAUUCGUUUAAAAAUUGUGGGUACACGUGUUGACGCCACUGGCAUUUUUGCUAUUGGCACAUUGAUGGAUGAUUAUUUGGGUCUGGUGGGCAGUUAAUUUGCAUACUGCAUAUUUUUAAGAAAAAUAAUAUAUAUUUGGUGAAUGAAUAUUUCAUACAUAUUUUAGAAAAUGUAUAAUAGUUUUAAUAAUAAAAAAAUGAUUUCUAUUUAAAUAAAAAA